CGGUGGUGUGUCUGUCGCUGCUUUUCGCACGCAAUUCGCACAAAAGUGCUUACAGAGCAGAACCGUACCCGUAACCGUAACCCAAAACAAAACUAUUGAAAAGAAGACCAGCAUCAAAUUGAUGGCAGCUGACCUUUUUUAUAAAAUAAUAAUAAAAAAGUUACCUGCCCUCAAUUCGCAUGUAUGUCAUGUCUAAGCAGGUCCCAAGAAAAUGCUGCAGCGGCUGAAACUGAAUUCGGGUACUUAUUUCGGCAGCAGCUUGAAAGCCACAGAAAGCAGCCAUUACCAAUCAAUCAGUCAAGCGAAAUGGACACAAUGGCAGUUGCAGUGCCACCAGCAGCAGGACCUUCGAAUGGCGGCGGCAUGGCAAUGGCCGUCACCAUGGGCAUGGGCAUGGACAUAAGCGUCAUCAAUCAAUACGAGGAGAAUGUCGAGCAUUUGCGGCAGUUGUUCAGCCAGAACCAUUUGGUGUCCUUUAGAAUUGACCACAUCGCGUGCAGUGCGGGCAGCAGCAGUGGCGACAACUACAUGUCCGUGGUAAAACGGGUGACCAUAAGCCAGGAUCAGGAACAGCCAAUAACCAGUGAAGCGGUUACGGUUAUUGUGAAGCGUCAGAUACCGAGUCUGUCACGCCGGCAGCUAUACCGCUGCGAGGAGGCCUUCAGCAAUGAGAUAAACGCCUACCGGCACCUGGUGCCGCUGCUCCGUCGCUACAGCCAGCAGCCGCUGUUUCCGCUGUGCCACAUCGCCGAGAGCCACGACCAGAGCGAGACCGGGGAGCCCAUUAUUGUGCUGCAGGAUCUUAAGGCACUGGGCUACCGAAUGAAGGAUCGAUUGGAUGGGCUAGAGCUAGAGCAUUGCCUGCUGGUGAUGAAGAAACUGGCACAAAUGCAUGCCGCCUCCCUGGCUGCCCAGCAGCUGGAGUCUGCAUUAUUCGCCGCUCAGGUUGAGCACAUGAGUGAAAUUGUUUACUGCGAGGAUGCGGCCGAGUUCUAUUCCACCAUACUGGACACCUCUGUGCAGCAGGCCUUGGACAGUCUCAGUUCCUCCAAUGCAGAUGGAAGUCUGACCACACCCAUAUCCCUGAUUGAAGGACUACGACCGAAACUCUUCGAGCAACUGCAGCGGAAUAUAAACGCGGCCGCAGAGUCGCCAUUCAGUGUGGUCUGCCACGGGGAUCUGUGGGUGAACAACAUCAUGUUCCGCUCAGAGCCCGAUGAAGUCAUCUUCUUCGACCUGCAGGCCAUGCGCCGCACUUCGCCCGUCUUCGAUAUACUCCACUUUAUCUAUACGAGUACGCGAAGACGUCUGAGGGAUGACCACACGGACACUCUGUUAGCUGCGUAUGCGGAGGCCGUGGCCAAGGAACUGAACCAACAGCUCAAGCACACGCCGGCGGCGAAGCAGCUGGACCAGCUAAGCGAUACCUUCUCGUUGCAGCGACUCACCACAGAGUACGUGCGUCAGGUGCACUAUGGCUUGGCCAUCGGAAUGUGGAUACUCCCAGCGGUAACCUUCGAUCCGAACAACCUGCCCAAUCUGGAUGUGAUGAGCGAACAGAACCUAACCGGCAAGGAGAUUAAGUGCACCCAAACGCUUACCUCGGAGUACCACUUGCGGAUCAGGGAGCUGGUGAUGGAGUUCUACGAGCGUGGCUAUCUACAGACUCAGAGGCCACCAAUGUAAGAGUGUUCAUAGUGAUGUAGUCUUAGGAUAAUAUAUUAUAGCGUUUAGCGUUCGCAAUAAAGAGCCGCCAAUGGCCACUUCUGA